CGCAUGAGUAUCCCAGCGCGAUUCCAAUCCUAUACUGUCUGUGCUACGUGCUCAGCUCACAACAGUCGGGCUAUUCUCCCUUACACAUCUCCGAUAUUUGUAGAGUUCACUUGUUCCAUACAGUUUCAUCAAAGACUACAGUGACUCUUCACUGACAGUAGCAGAGCCUUUAUUCGGUUUAUUGGUGGAUUUUGAUAACACGUAUUAAAGUAAUUAAUUCUCGUUUUUUUUAGAGCCGUUCUGCCUAGUAGACUCAUCACUGCGAGGACUUGCUCAUCUUGACAGUCACAGCGUCGUCACAGGACUCCGGGGAGCGCUGACAGAUUGCUCAGCUGGUGUUUCCAGCUGUAUCCUCCUCGCCAAAGCGAGAUACACCGCCAAGGGAGGCUUUAUCUACCGGUUGAAUGUCAUACGAGGCUUUGUAGGACUUAUUUUUAAUUGCCAAGACUCGUUCUCUUUGAUCUACACCUUACUAUUUGGUUGUCAGUAUGGAUUUUCUCCAGGCUCUCCUAUUCCUUUGUCUAUCUGCUAUCCCAUUGUCGGCGGACAAUGCGAGCAGUAAAGCCCGGAGCUGUUCGGAUGUCCGACAGUUCUACAGCGGUAAAGGCUUCACUCUCAACGGGGUGCCACAGACAGAGAUAUCUGGUGAGCACCUUCGGAUCUGUCCCCAGGGGUACACCUGCUGUACCAGUGCCAUGGAGGAGACCCUGUCCAACCUGAGUCGCAGGGAGUUUGAGGGCCUGGUCAGAGAGGCUGGACGCUCGCUACAGGCCUCUCUCAAUGCACAGUACAGGAGCUUCGACACAUACUUCACAGACCUCCUGAAUAGCUCAGAGCGCUCCCUCCAGGAGUCCUUCCUGGCCAAACUGAGCUCCCUCUACUCCAAGAACGCCCCUGUGUUCCAGGACCUGUACACUGAUCUGCGUCGCUACUACCGUGGCUCCGCUGUCAACCUGGAGGAGACGCUCAACGACUUCUGGGCACGGCUGCUGGAGCGCCUGUUCAAGGCCUCCACCCUCCCACAGUACACUCUCACUGAUGACUACCUGGAGUGUGUGGCCAAGCAGACGGAGACCCUGCGGCCCUUUGGGGAUGUUCCCCGCGACCUCAAGUCCAAGGUCACUCGGGCCUUGGUGGCGUCGCGGUCAUUCGUCCAGGGCCUGACCGUCAGUGGAGAGGUGGUCCGCAAAGUCUCCCAGGUACCUCUCAGCCCAGAGUGUACCCGUGCCAUGAUGAAGCUGUUGUACUGUCCUCACUGUCGAGGCCUGGCCUCAGUCAAGCCAUGUGCCAACUACUGCAGAAACGUCAUGAAGGGAUGCCUCGCCAACCAGGCCGACCUCGACACCGAGUGGCAGAACCUCAUCGACACCAUGCUGCAGGUGGCAUCUAGUUUCAGUUCUGACCCCAGUGUGGACGCGGUCAUCUACUCCAUCCCCCUCCGUAUCUCAGACGCCAUCCUCUACAUGCAGGAGAACACAGAGGUCUUCACCAGCAAGGUGUUACAGGCCUGUGGGACCCCCAAGGUGGCAGGCACACAGAGUUCUGGGUCUGAGGAGAAAAAGAAGAGAGUUAACCCCGCCAGCACCGCAAUGGGGUACAAACCCAGCCCCACCGCAGGGGUCCGGCUGGAGAUGCAGAUAUCUGAUGUGUCCAGUAAGCUGCGGGAGAUGCAGCAGUACUGGGUCCAGCUGCCAGCUGCUCUGUGCAGUAGUAAAGUGGCAGCAGGAGCAGCUAGUGAUGACAAGUGCUGGAAUGGCAUGACCAAAGCCAGGUAUCUUCUUGAGGUGAUGGGCGACGGCCUGGCCAGCCAGAUCAACAACCCAGAAGUGGACAUCGACAUCACCAAGCCAGACAUGACUAUCCGCCAGCAGAUCAUGCAGUUGAAGAUCAUGACCAACCGUCUGAGGAACGCCCUCAACGGCAAUGAUGUGGACUUCCAGGAUGCCAGUGAUGACGUCAGUGGUUCAGGAAGUGGAAUGUGUACAGGCGAGUCGUGUGCCCGUAAUGGACCUCGUGUCAUUGUGCCCAAAGCAGACAGCACCAGAUACUACAAUCAUCCUGAGAACAAGAAGGUGAAGGGCACAGGAACCCAGACCCACCCCUCCAUCCUCCUCCUCUUGCUCUCAUUGGCCACACUGCUGCGCAGGCGAUAAUGGACUGGUGGUGCAUCCAGUCGAGACUGUGUUUUGGAGUAGGGCUCUGAGAUGGAAUAGAAGAGAGAAAAAAGGGGGAUGGGUGGGUAACUUUGCCAAAUAGGAAAGGAUUGUUAUUGAAUGAAUGGACUACCUUUCAUUUUAAUGAGAGAAACACAAAGAAAUGUCCUAAUAAUUUUUUCUUGUUUUGAAAUAUUUUAAAUGUGGCAAGUAGAGCUGGUCUUUGGCUUCUUUUUAUUGUUUCUAUGCUUGGGUGGUGAACAAGGAUGGUUCACAUGCUAGAUGCAAUGUUUGGAUGGGACAAGCUUCUUAGCGAUCAUGCCACUCAAUGUAAAGUCAAUGUGACCUUGUUGCAAUGUUCUAACAAUGCCAAUAACUUGACAGUGAUGUUGUGAGAACACUGUGAGAGACGGUUUGGUGUGUAUCUUCAGUGUGCUAAUCCAAUGCAUUUGUUUUUCUUAUCAAUCACAGUGACAGGGAAUUUGGAUCUCUCAAGUAUAUUAAAUCAAAAAUAAUG